AUGGGCGACAAAGUCAUCGUGGCGAGCGAGCGCGCGGCCCCAAUGAGUCGCGUUGGCGUGAGGCGGUUCCCCCGCGGCAACCAGGACACUAAGACGCUAUCCCUGUUGCGUGAGGUGCGGCAUGCCAACAUUGUUGCUGCGCUUGAGGCAUUCCAAGGCCAAAAGAUACUCUACAUCGUCUUUGAGGAUAUGCACAUGCCUCUUGACCAUGUAAUACGGUGCCCGCGCCGACGGACCAGCGACGAGAUAGGGACGAUCGUAGGGCAGAUCCUAGACGGGCUCGAUUAUCUCCACUCCCAUCGAUGGUGUCAUAGUCGUCUGAGCUGUGAGACGAUCCUCGUUCAGAUGGCGGGCGACGUUAAAAUCGGCAUGCAGGAGCUCUGCCGUGCUGCCAGCUCGAAGGAGCAGCAACAGAAUCUCACGGACAUUGGCACGAUUACCAUGAAGCUCAUGCAAGGAUACGCGUUAGAGGAGGGAAAGGUGGGCGUGGAGGACCUCAGCGAUUGGCAGGAGUCGAGCAUCCUUGACUUUCUAUCUGCUAUCACUUCAUCGGAUACGGCUGGUCGACUGCGCAAGAACAUUUUCCUCGUACAAAUAUGGGAGAAGGAGUCUCGGUGGCCGAAAGAGAUCCUCUGGGAUCUCUUCCUCACGGCUCAGCUGUCCGUGCGGAGGUACUACCACUACAAGCCGUGA